GUGCGUGCGCGUUGCGGUCGCACAGCCAAGCUUCGGAGAAAGAAAAUGAACUCCGCGGUGGUUAUCGCGGCGCUAUGAGCCGUAAAUCCAAAUGUUUUCGUCGCUUGUGAGUGAAUAGAAAUCGAUUGGAUCGGUCGGGAUGGAGGUCAGCGCGUCCAGGAACGAGUCCGGGAUCGCACCAGAGCUGUACUUCCUGAUCGCGAAGUUCUUGGCGGCGGGACCCUGCGCGGAAGCCGCGGCGGCGCUGAAGCGGGAAUUAGAGCAUACCAAGACUUUGCCGUCCCGAAUCGACUGGGAAGGACACGUGCACAAUCAAACGUUCGAGGAAUUGGAAAAAAAAUAUUCACACAUUGGAUCAAAUCAUUUACUGCAAAUAUGUGCCAGAAUUGGACCAGUGUUAGAGAAAGAAGUGCCGCCAUGUGUCCCUGGAGCGAUAUCGCUUUUGGGUGCAGGCAAACAAUCUUUGCUGCGUACCUACGAAGAUAUCACACGUUGUGUAUACAGCAUUGUCGAUUUUUCCACAAGAUUCGGUGGAAAGCCCUUCCUGGAAUUAUCUGGUAGCUUGUCAGUGCCUAAUAUAGUACGUGUACUUCAGGGACGUGAAAACUCUGGUCCUCUAAGUCGAAGACAGGCAAUACCGACGAAGUUCUACAGCAAGAUGAAUUUAUAUCGGCGUACGCUGGGUCAUUUAUCCGCGGUGUAUUGUGUACUGUUUGAUCGCACUGGUAAAUAUGUUAUAACUGGAGCGGAUGACUUGCUUGUUAAGGUCUGGAGUUCAGUCGAUGGACGUUUACUCGCCACUUUUCGGGGCCCGUCCGCCGAAAUUAUGGACAUUGCAGUAAAUUUUGAUAAUACUUUAUUGGCGGCAGGAAGUUUAGAUAGAGUAUUAAGAGUUUGGUGUUUCCAGACAAUGUCGCCUGUGGCAGUUUUAAUGGGGCAUACAGGCAUGAUUACAUCUGUAAAUUUUUGUCCAAUAGAAUGUAAUGGUGUCUAUUAUUUGGUCUCUACUAGUACUGAUGGAUCAGUGGCUUUUUGGUCUCACACAAAGAAGUCGAACGAAAGAGCGGUAUUUCAGACAAAACCUAUUCAAUAUCAUGAGAAAAUGAGACCUGGUCAAGCACAAAUGAUUUGUGCCUCCUUCAGUCCUGGAGGUGCAUUUAUGGCAGCUGGAUCUGCAGAUCAUCACGUAAGAGUUUACACAAUGUUAGGGGACGAAGGACCACGCAGAGUCCUCGAAGUCGAGUCGCAUUCCGAUACUGUAGAUAGUAUUCAGUGGGCUCACAGCGGUUUAAAAUUUAUUUCUGGUUCUAAAGACGGUACUGCGAAUGUAUGGCAUUUUGAGCAACAGCAAUGGGUACAUAAACAGCUACUCAUGACGACAAAGCUUCCUGGAGAACCAGAAACAGACGAUGAUACAAGCAAAAAAGCAAAAGUAACUAUGGUUUGUUGGGAUGUGAGCGAUGAAUACGUUAUAACAGCAGUGAAUGAUUACUCAUUGAAAGUGUGGAAUGCUAAAUCUGGUGAACUGAUGAAAGUUUUGCGGGGACACAAGGACGAGGUGUUUGUGUUGGAAUCACAUCCAAUAGAUUCUCGUUUGAUACUCAGUGCUGGUCACGAUGGGCAGCUUAUCAUUUGGGACGUGUUAAACAUGGAAUCGAUAGCGUGUUUUCAAAAUUUUGUCGAAGGUCAAGGAAAUUGUGCUAUCUUUGAUGCAAAAUGGUCGCCUGAUGGUACAAUGCUCGCUGCGACAGAUUCUAAUGGACAUCUUUUGAUGUAUGGAUUUGGAUCUGGCGCUGAAAAAUUAAAAAUUAUACCAAUAGAAUUAUUCUUUCAUACGGAUUACCGGCCCUUAAUAAGAGAUGCAAAUAAUUACGUUCUUGACGAACAAACGCAAACUGCGCCACAUUUAAUGCCGCCGCCGUUUUUAGUUGAUGUGGACGGAAAUCCUUAUCCACCGGCGCUACAGAGAUUGGUACCAGGAAGAGAAAACUGUAGGGGCGAACAAUUGGUACCAAAUAUUGCAGUUGGUGCUGGCGGGAUGCAAGAAGUUAUAGAAGGUCUUCCAGAACAAGAGCCAAGAUCGAACAUUGAUCGAUUGAUUGAGGCUCUUGCUCAGAGACAAAAUAUUAAUGCGGAGGGGGAAGUCAUUGGUGCUGGUGAGGAUAGAGAGAAUAUCGCGGAACAACCGAUUCGUCAAAUAGCGAGUCCUCGUGGUAGUAGAGCUGGUUUGAGGAGAGAGGGUAACGUCGAAGGUGUCCGACAAAGUAGCGGUAAUUGGCAGAGGGAUAACACUACGCCGUGGAAUAAACCUAUUCUUGCGCGUCCCAUGAAACCUGCCAUUAAAGAGACUCAAAUUAAAGCGGUUCACGCAAUGGCAGACAUGGAGUUAGAAAACUGGCGGCGAGAAAUGCGACGGCGACCGCAGCCUACAUCGAGCACUGCCACUAAUCAAGGCAAUAUAGGAGGUAGACCCAUAAACCGCAAACGUAAUAGAACUACUAGACACGGUUAUAGAACCAGAGCAACGCGUGAUGAAGAACAGGAGGAGGAAGAAUAUGAGAAUCCUGAUAAUACUGGCACAUCAGCGAGUUCAGCCAGCACCAAUAGCAAUGAUUCUACUGCUCAUGAGGAAGAUUUGUGUUCCGAUAGCACUACUACAGACUCGAGCACUGAAUAUUCAGAUUGGAUGGCGGAUCAUGGACUGAAUUUAGAACCGCCUAAACGUAGCAAACGCAAACCCGUGAAAAAGCGUUCUGUCACACCACCGAGUGAUGUUGACAGAAGACGCAGUAAACGUCCUAAGAAAAAGGGAGUACAAAUAGCUAACGGUACUUGUGAAGUUCCUGACAUUUACCGCCCUUCGGAAUGGCUUACUGAAGUAAUACCGAGGAAAGCCCCUUAUUAUCCGCAGAUGGGCGAUGAAAUAGUAUAUUUCAGACAAGGUCAAAAAUUCUAUUUAGAUGCAGUUAGGAAUAAAAAGAUUUAUGAGCUUAGUCCACGGUGUGAGCCAUGGACCAAGAUGAAUAUUAGGGCACAAGAGUUUGUAAAAGUAGUGGGUAUUAAAUAUGAAAUUAAACCGCCUCGCUUAUGUUGCUUGAAAUUAGCGUUAAUGGACGAAGACGGUCGACUUACCGGACAGAAUUUCACUAUCAAAUAUCACGAUAUGGCUGAUGUGUUAGAUUUCCUGGUGUUACGUCAAACUUUCGAUACGGCGUUGGCACGAAGUUGGUCCGAAGGCGAUAAGUUUCGCUGUAUGAUCGACGACGGUUGGUGGAUGGGACAGAUUGUUGGGAUGGAGCCGCUAGAUGAAGAAUUUCCGGAAUCGUUUUUUAUGUGCUUUCGCGUCAGAUGGGAUAAUGGAGAAUACGAACGAAUGAGUCCUUGGGAUCUCGAGCCUGUUGAUGAAGAUAGAAUCCCGAUGGAAAUCGGUGGCGCGGUUCCCGUCUUACCGGAGGAAAGGCAAGCGAUACUGUAUCAACCCCAUACGGAAGAAUGGCCCAUGGGUGAUAGAGAAGCGACUUGUCGUCGAAUUAUACGAGGUCUGGAUCAGGUGAUGAGCCUCGCAAUCGCGGAACCAUUUGUGGCGCCGGUGGAUCUCAGUCUUUAUCCGACUUAUGCGUAUAUUGUUGAAUAUCCGAUCGAUUUGUCGACUAUAAAAGCUCGUUUUGAUAAUCAUUUCUACAGAAGAAUCACGUCGGCGCAAUUUGAUGUUAGAUAUUUGGCAACAAAUGCUGAACAAUUUAAUGAACCUCAUAGUCAUAUAGUGAAAAAGGCGAGAAUAGUCACUGACUUGUGUUUGCGCAUAAUAAAGGAACCUACUGAUUUGGAUGUUCCAGCAGUAUAUCAUCAAUUGAAUGAUACAUACCAUUCCUCUGAAUCAGAGACAGAGAUAGAAAACAAACCUUCAAUGAGUAAACUAAGAUCAUCGAGUAGAAAUUUACGUUCGCAACAAAUCUCACAAGACUGGAAAUUAGCAUGUCGUCAAUUAUUGGAGAGUCUAUGGCAAUGUGAAGAUUCAAUUCCUUUUAGAGAACCAGUUGAUAGAUUAGAACAUCCAGAGUAUUAUCAGAUAAUAGACACACCGAUGGACUUGCGUACUGUCAAAGAGGAUUUAUUAGGCGGCAAUUACGAAACACCAUCGGAAUUUGCCAAAGACAUGAAAUUAAUAUUUACAAAUAGUAGAAAUUUUAAUACGAACAAACGUUCGAGGAUAUAUUCGAUGACAGUAAGACUAUCGGCCAUGUUUGAAGAACAUAUGCGUAGGAUACUUUUAAAUUGGAAAUCGGCACGUAGACGUAACGACAAUGCGAAAGCAAAAGGAAAAGGAAAAGGAAAACAGAAACGGAAACACAACUUAAGUAAUGGUACAGGAUCUUCUAAAUCGAAACCUGUUCCAAGUGAUGAUGAGGAUGAAGAUGAUGUAAAUAGCGAUAACGAUGAUGAGGAAUCGAGUAAAGAUCAGAAAAAGAAGAAUUUUGACGUAUCUACACCUGGACCCUCACGGAUGACGAAUGGUCACACGAAGCGAUCUAUCUCGUCUCGACCGACGUUGAAACUGAGGAUCUGCCGGUCAACCGUGUCGAAGAAGUCAAAGAACAGUGAUAGUGAUGUUAGUGAAUCAGAGGCAACGACAGAUACUGACAGUAGUGACAGUGCCCCUGUCCGACGAACUAGAGCAAGGACGGCGGUGCCUAGUGUUAGUGCCGAUACCGAUUCCGGGGAUGAUUAUACGCUCAAUGGUCGGGGCAAGCAGGUUCGCAAAAAUCGCGGCAAGAAUAUUAAGAAUAGUAAACAAUCUAAAUCCAAAGUGAAAUCGAAUGUUAUCGUGGACGACGACGACGAUGAUGAUGAUGAAUACGUUGCGAAGAACAAGGCGAAUGACAAUGAUGACGAAGAGAACAAGGAAGACGACGAGGAACAGGAAUUCGUCGCGCCAGAGUCCACGGAAGAGGAAAGUGAAGAAGAAAAAUUUGUCAGGAGAGAUACUAGAUCGCGAAAAUUAGUGGUAGAGAACAAGGAAAACCAAAAAUACACCCCUAAUAAUGGAAAGAACGAAAAUAGCGAGAGCGAGAGCGAGGAGGAGGAUGAUGAAGAACAGGACGAGGAGGAAGAAGAGGUGGAGGAAGAUGAGGAAGAGAAACAGUUACAGCACGAGGUCAAUAAUCAAGAUUCUGAAGACAGUGAUUAUUCAUAUAAAGUACAAUUCAGGUCAUCGCGCUCCAGCCGUCGGAAACAGCGCGGCUCCGUGGACUCGGAGGAUACGAGGCAGCAGUACAGCAGCAGACGAGCGGGUCGAAAGCGUCCUCAUUAUAAGGAGGAAAGCGAUGACAGUAACGGGGUGCCAGUAAGAAACCGACGCAAGAUCAAGCGCCGCUCUUACGCUGAGGAGAGCGACGAGGACAGCGUACAGGAACCUGGCAUUAGUAUAAGUAGUAGAGGCCGUAUACGUAAAAUGACACCACGCGCGCGUGCUUAUCUUUUAGAAUCACCCUAACGACAUCUUCUAUGUUAGUAGAAGUCGUGUGUAUAUUAAAGAACCUGUUUCAUAGAAAUCCUGAUAAAAAUCGUAUUAUCUCGCGCAUUCUCAGAUCAAUAUAUCACAUUGCAAUCGAAAAGCUAAAAUGUAAACUAUAGCGCGUAUAAAUACUUCGAAAUGUUUGAUUGACCAAUUAGGAUGGACAUUUUUGCAGUUUUUCUCCUGAUUCGUUUCGAAGCAUUUAUCAAUAAAGCUAGAAGUAGAAUGGACCUGGAAGAUGAAGAGAGUUUUCAAUCUGUUCAUCUUCUCCAUCUCUAUAUUUGUUUUUUUAUUGUUACACAUUGUUCAUAAUAUGUAAUUGCAAUAGGAAUUUUCGAUACUAUAGUACGGUUUUCGGAAAUAACGUUGUAAGAACUAGAGUUCCAAACAAGAUACAAUAUCUGUUACUUUCGGUGCACUCUUGUUUGGCUUACUUAUAUAAAAUAUAAAAAUUAUCGUACUAUAGUGUCAUAUUGAAUACUUCUGCUGUGAAGAACUUCUAUUUUUACAAAGUAGUUCUUUGAAGCAGGUAUUCUUUUCUUUUUAUAUUUGUCUAAAUCUUCAAAUGAUAUACAUACUAAUAUAAUGGUACAAGCGGAAAUAGUUUUAUAAGCAGACACACAAUAUUUUCGGUAUCUUGAUAGUCAUCCUGUAUAUGACAUGUUCAAUCGAAUUCACAUUAGACAACUACUGUAUAUAAAGUUUCACUCGCUCUAAAGAAAAUUAUAUAGAGAAUUCUAUAUAAUCGCGUUAUUGUACAGAUAUAAUGAUUAUCUUGUUACUUGUAAAUGUGGAAAGACGAGCGGCUUGCUCGCGUAAAGACACGAGUUCUCGUUUGGUUGUGGCGAUUGCUUCCAUGAUUUCGAAAGUUUUAAGAUUCAUAUAAAUACAAUUUUUAUGUUAUGACAAUAAAAAGAGAAUCUGUAUAAAAUCAUCUUAUUUUAUAAAAUAGUUUUCAGUUUCGUAAAAAUAAUAAGCAAGUUAAACAAUGCACUUGUGAAAUUUAUCAAGUUAUCAUUUUUACAGGUCUUCGCAAUAUAUCAUUGUAAUAAUUGUUCGUUGAGAGUUUAUCUAUAGAAAAACUUUAUACGAUUUUCUACAUAUUCUGAGUUAUUAAGAACACAUAUGAAACAGUAUUUUAUUUUAUCUAUAUGAAAGAUUCUCGAUACAGUAAAAUGUAAUAGUAAUUAGAUAUAAUUCAAUUUCCGUAUAUUGCCCGGGUAAAAUUUAUGCGGUUUGUUACAUAUGCAAUAAUUUCUUCCUUGGACACUGGACUUAUAAUCAGCGUUUUUAAAGUUGUAUUAAACAACGUGACAUUUGCAAUAGCAAUUUGUUAUUAGCAUAUAAAGAAUUAAAUUUUAUUUUACUGAUUGUGAUGGAAAAUAUCAGGGAGAGUACAAGAAAAUAUUCUUUAUUAUUUUCUUCUCUUCUUUUUCCCUUUCUUCCUUCUUUUUGUUGAUUCUGAAAUUUCGUCACUGUUUUCGCUUCUCACAACUUUAUUUAAGUUUAGGACACAUCACGUGGUAAAAAAACGCGAGUCUGCCUCUCUGUGUAAAUAUACAUUGUAUUAACUCUCGUAUCAUUCUCUUUUCUUUCUUUUUUCUUUGAUUAUUUUAUGUUGCAUAACAGAUAACAUAAAUUUUAUAUAUAGUCCGUAAUACUGCGUGUGAAAUAACGAUUUUUUAUAUAAUUUGUAUAUCUGUUACGGAUCUAUAUAAUAAAAGGAGCCCCGUAUGGUCACACAAUUUUAGAAUUUUUCAUGAAGGCAGAUAGACGUUUUCCAGAUUUAUAUGACGCGAACUUGAAUAGAUUACGCAUUACAUAGUUGUGUAAAUGAUUAGACAAUUAUUGUCACCAGCAGCUAACAUCGUUGAUCAAGACAAAUGCACAAAAGAUCAAAAGUCUUGACUAUCUCGAGCCAUUGUGAUAUUAGUUUAAGAAUAUCAAAUAUAUAAAAUAUAAAUUGAUAAUAUAAAUUAUCAAUAUAAUUAGGAUUGUAAUUGAUAUUUUUUUAAUGACUUAAAUAAGAGAGUCAUAUCACAUAUAGACUCGAUGAUGUAUCCAGCCUUUGAUUAAUAUUAAUUUAACGAUGUUAACUUUGGUCUCACUCUAUUAAUCAUAUAAUAAUUGAUAUACUUCGCAAGAUAAUGAUUCAGAAGUAAUAUAAUUUCGUGUAUAUAAACUCUGCCGAGAACACACAUAGGACUUAAUAUGAAGACAGUUACAUUUUAUGUACAGUUUGACUUAUUCUGUUGUGAAAUUUCAGCGUGUUUUGUUACAUAUAAUAUGGUUCUUUGAAACCCACCGUCACACCAAUAAAAAAGAUUAAAUUGUUUUACA